AGACACGACACAAGGAGGGGCUUCUUCUUCACGGAGCGAGGGGCCGCGGAAGCUUUCGCCAUUGGACUUCAAGCGAUGAAAUGAAGCACUCUGGCUAGAGAUUUCUCCUCCGCCACCUGAAUCUGGAGGUUUCUAUUACUUUGUUUCUGUGCUCUGAGCUGGGGUUUUAUCUUUCUCCACCUGCCUCUUUCUUUGCUGCAAAAGGCGGGUUCCGCCGCCCAGCGGCCCCCUACCCCUGCCCCAUGGUAUUGUAGGAGGAAGGUAACCACCUGCCUCUUUCUUUGAUCCGCGGCGAGGAGAUUGGGAUCCGUCGGUACCAUUUGAGUUAGAAUAUAUAUGGAAGGUGAUGGUGGGCACGAAGCGAUCCAGCUUAAGAUGGCGGAGGAAGAGGCAUUGAAGAGAAACACCGACUGCAUUUACUUUCUGGCUUCGCCAUUCACCUGCAAGAAGGGGAGUGAAUGUGAUUAUCGCCACAGUGAGGGUGCCAGAUUUAACUGUAGGGACUGUUGGUAUUGGCUAAAUGGGAACUGCCUCAAUCCAAAAUGUUCAUUCCGCCAUCCACCUCUAGGUUCUCUGUUUGCAACAGAAAUGCCCAGCCCUCUGCCAAGUCAGACUUCUGCGCCAACAUUUACACCAGCUGCCCGACCUCCUAAUAACGGAUAUAACAAGUGUGUUCCUUGCUACUAUUUCCAGCGGGGCCAGUGUUUGAAAGGCAAAAGUUGUCCAUUCAUGCAUGGACUGCCGGCAUCUGUCAACUCGCUUCCCCAGCAGGUGACAACGGUAUCUAUGCCUUCUGCUGCACUGCUACAAUCAAAUGACCAAAAUGCGCAGAAGAAAAUUAGUGUGCAACAAGAUAUGCAAGAAUUCCGACAUGACAGUCCUAAGACACCUGUCAACAUGCAUUUUGAAUUAGUAUCAUCUGAAACAGUAGAACUUGUUACAAAAGCUGGCAAUGCUCCCAAACAUGAACCAUCCGAAAUUAAAAUAUUGCCCCCUCAUUCAUUGGAUGAGGAGCCUCCUGCACUGUCACAGAAUGGUGUAUCUGUGAACAAUGGUUAUUUUCAAAGCCAACAAUGGAAUAAUCAAGUGCAACCUACUGAAGAGGAACCGGACAAUGGUAGGGAUGCUGAUGAGUUCUUGGGGGAACAUUCCCCUGGUUUUGAUGUACUUGUAGAAGAUGACAUAGAAGAUCCUGAUUAUUACCACAAUGAAGAUAAUUUCAGAAGAAUGUCUGCUCAUGGUGGACGAAAUAUGGAAGCUGUAGAUGAAUGUGACUAUCAGCACAACGAUUAUGAACCUAUUACGAAGGUUGACCAGGAUCAAUACAAUGGAAUGGUCAGAUAUGGCAACUAUGAACUACCACAUGACAGACAUGGGCUGGAAUCAAAGACUGCUCUUAGAAUUUUGGAGAGAGCAUCAUCAGUUGAAAGAAGAGUAACUGAUAGAGAGACAAAAAUUGAUGCAGUUUGCAUCACUGGGUCAGAUUUGCGCUACCAACUAAAUAAACGAAGAAGGUUCAAUGGUACACAAUCUACCAGUAAUCAUGGCUGUCAUAAUGAGCUCUACCGAAGAGAUGAACAAUAUGUUGAGGAGAGACAUUAUUGCUAUCAUUCACAUGAUGAUAUGAAAUUUCCUCCUGAACAGUUCAUCAGCUGUCGUUUGCAAGGCAGGAUUGCAUUUCCUAUUAAAUCUGUUGCUGAUGCAACCAACAAUAUGUUCUCAGAGAAAGAGAGAGGAAGAGGAUCUAGAAGCAUAUGCUCACCAACUAGGCGAACAAUCUACAAAACAAGGUAUUCAGAAAGAACAAGACGUCAACCAAGUGAGAUAUUCACCAAGGAUGAGAGGAUUCAUAGGGAAAAAACAACCUUAAAAGAUGGCACAGUCUCUCUAGAUUUUGCCAGCCCAAAGUCUCUUGCAGAGCUAAGAAGUGCCACGAAUAAUGAGAAUAUCCAGGAAAUCAAAGUUACUGGUUCUAAUAACUUGGAAGGCCUUUAUGAAUCAGAAAAUCCUCUAUAUUUUGAGGGUCCAUUGCCACUGACUGCUAUCUUGAAGCGGAAAAGAGAGCUGACAUAUGUGGAGAAUGAAGUUUCUACUGCUCAGCAUGAAAACAAUCAAAGUGGAUACUCUUCUAUACAUGAAUUGGUUCCUCAAUUAGAAGCCAACACAGAAGGCAACACCAUUGUUAACCAUGACAAGGGAAUGAUCCAUACUGAAAAUGGGCUAGCCUACCACAGCCAUUCUCCAAGUAAAGCUAAUGCCUUGGAAACUGAGGAUGAUACCGGUUUGGAGAAUGCAGAAGAGGAAGAGAUGGAAACUUCUGACAAGCAAGAUGGGGAUUUCAAUUAUGAAUCAGGAAAGGACAAAGAAAUUGACCACAAAAACACACCCCACCCAAGCGAAGAAGAUGAUCUAGAUGAGGAUGACGAUUUUGCUACAAAGGUCAGUGAGAUGCUAUCUUGAAUGCUAAUGGAGAUAGGUUUUACUUCGUUGUCUGUUUACAGAAAGACCAUAGUAGUUUCAAGAACCAUGGCGCUCUAAACUUUUUGGAGCAAACAUUGCCAAAGUAGUUUCAAGAACCGUUUUGAGAUUAAAUUUUUGCCCCACGUGUAUCAAUUUCCUGAACCAUUUGAAAUUUUAUUAGCCGACCAAACAGUUUUAGAAAUGAAGCCCAGCUGGGUUUGUUUGAGCUUCUCGUCUGCUGUGCAUGGGCCAUGUAACCACAUACGCUUUAUGGCCAUGCCUCUUUUAUUAUGCGCAUGUAUUACUACUCUUGGUAGGCCAAAAAUU